CUUUACACGAAUCAUAUUCUUCCUUUUAAGACAACAGAGGCGAGUUCUUGAAAGAGUCAGAGAGAACUCACGAGGAAUCAAUAAACACAGUCGAGUUUUGAUCAAAGACACAGAUCGAUCAUCGAUGAUGGGGCAAAAUCAUACAGGUGGAGAGAUCGUUGUUGCCGGGCCAUCACCUUUUGAUGGCUUGCCAGAGGAUUGCAUCUCUAACAUAAUCUCUUUCACAAGUCCACGAGACGCGUGCGUCGCUGCGUCGGUUUCGAAAACCUUUGAAUCGGCUGCUAACUCCGAUAACGUAUGGGAGAAGUUUCUUCCGCCGGAUUAUUCCUCUCUGAUUCCUCCAUCGCCAGUUUUCGCAUCGAAGAAGGAGAUUUAUCUUUCUCUCUGCCACAAUCCUGUUCUAAUCGAAGAUGGCAAAAAGAGCUUUUGGUUAGAAAAAGCCAGUGGGAAAAGGUGUAUCAUGUUAUCUUCAAAGGAACUUUGGAUCACAUGGGGAAGUAGUCCUCAGUAUUGGCAAUGGAUUUCAAUUCCUGAAGCUAGAUUUGAGAAAGUAGCAGAGCUUCUUGAUGUAUGUUGGUUUGAGGUUCGUGGCAAGACAAGCACUCGUGUGCUAACUCCUGGAACUCGUUACUCGGCUUACAUUGUCUUCAAGACAAAAGACGGAUGUCCUCGAUUAGGGCAUUUGCCGGUAGAAGUUGGAGUUGGUUUGGUGGGACAAGAAACUUCUAAAAGAUUCAUAUAUUUUGUUGGACCUCGGGCUCGUAGGGGAGAAAGAGAAACAGGAGAUGUAACGAAACCGGAGGAAAGAGAGGACGGGUGGAUGGAAGCUGAGCUAGGUGAAUUUUUCAACGAAGCAAGUUGUGAUGAAGUUGAGUUAAGUGUUAUUGAGAUUAAGUCACCUUAUUGGAAACGAGGUUUGAUCAUUCAAGGAAUCGAAUUCCGCCCUACAAAUUAAAAAAAAACCCCUUAAAGUAAGAACCGAACCCAUUCCGGUUUAUGUUUGUUUGCUUCAGUAUAUCUAAUUAAGCAAGUGAUGAAAACAACUUUGUUGUAUUGUUGUGGGGAAGACGAGGAAAGCAAGAGUGCUGGAUCCUAAAUUGUGGAGCCUUGAAAGACUGUGUUUACCAGUUCUAAGUUUCUUCAUGAUGAGAUUCUUGUGCAGACACAUUUGGUCUUUUGUUACAUUGGAUUUGGUCCGCACGCCUGUUUGUGGCCUUUUAGAGUGGAGUGUUGUUUGCUUUUCUUUUUGUAAUAUACUAUGUAAAGAAUCUUUUUGAUUUCUCAGAUUGGUUCGAUUUAUAGUACA